GUUGACGGGCGCGGGGCGACGACGACAAAGACGAAGUGAACAGGGAUAGUGGCUCGGUUGGAUGGCCAGUGAUGUGCAGCAACUCAAUUGUGCUUUGAAAGGCGAGAAUUCCGAGUGGAUCAACGCUAUCCAGUAAAUCGCCAUGGAGCAUGGUGAUAAAAAUAUUUCGUCGUAUUCAUCAAAAGCUGGACUCGAAAUGAAGGACAAUAAAACCGGAGGUCUGGCUCCACCUGGAAGUCUACCCGCGACGGGAAGUGUAGUUGGAGGAGGUGGUGGAGUGAAAAAAUACGCAAACGGAGAGAGAGGUCUAGGGGGUGCACCCUUGGCCGGCUCCGGUUCUACGAACCCACGGGACGCUUCUGGGGGAAACACGUCCCCCACCCACGUCAAGAGGGAACGCAGACAAAGUUCGUCGCGAUUCAACCUUACCACCAAUAGAGAGCUCGUGGAUCUACCCAUAAUCAAAGAUGCCCCGCCCGAGGAACGUGAGAGUCUUCUCAUCAAAAAGAUGCAGCAGUGUUGCGUUAUCUUCGACUUCGUAUCGGAUCCGUUAUCAGAUAUUAAAUGGAAAGAAGUAAAACGAGCCGCCCUCCACGAGAUGCUCGAGUAUUUGAGCUCUCAACGGGGCGCCAUAACCGAACCUGUAUACGGUGAAAUCACGCGCAUGUUUGCAACAAACGUGUUCCGCACCCUACCCCCUUCGAGCAAUCCGAAUGGCGCGGAGUUUGACCCAGAAGAGGAUGAACCAACUCUAGAAGCAGCCUGGCCGCAUCUUCAGCUCGUAUACGAACUCUUUCUGAGGUUUCUUGAAUCAGCAAAUUUCCAACCUAAUAUCGCCAAGAAAUAUAUUGACCACCGAUUCGUCUUGCAACUACUGGAGCUGUUCGACAGCGAGGACCCACGUGAACGAGAUUUCCUCAAAACGACCCUGCAUCGUAUCUACGGAAAAUUCCUCUCAUUGCGAGGCUACAUCCGCAAACAGAUCAACAACAUUUUCUACCGUUUCAUCUACGAAACGGAGCGGCAUAACGGCGUCGCCGAGUUGCUCGAGAUCUUGGGCUCUAUCAUCAACGGCUUCGCUCUUCCUUUGAAGGAAGAACAUAAGGUAUUCCUCCUGAAGGUGUUGAUGCCUCUGCACAAGGUCAAAUCGCUCUCGGUUUACCAUCCGCAACUCGCGUAUUGCGUCGUGCAGUUCCUUGAAAAGGACCCUUCCCUCACCAAGCCAGUCAUCUUGUCGCUGCUCAAAUUCUGGCCCAAGGUGCAUAGUCCAAAGGAAGUCAUGUUUCUCAACGAACUUGAGGAAAUCCUUGACGUCAUCGAGCCCGCUGAAUUCCAGAAGAUUCAGGUGCCUCUGUUUAAGCAGUUGGCGCGUUGCGUUAGCUCCCCGCACUUCCAGGUGGCUGAACGUGCACUCUACUACUGCAACAAUGAGUACAUCAUGUCUCUCAUUUCUGAUAAUGUGCAAGAAAUUCUGCCGAUUAUGUUCCCUGCACUGUACAAGAACCGGGAGAGUCACUGGAACAAGACGAUUUACGGACUCAUCUACGGAGCCAUGCGCCAGUUCAUGGAGAUCAACCAGACUCUAUUUAACGAAUGCGUGAAAAAGUUUGAGGAGGAGAGCGGCCUGGACGAAACGAAGGAAAAACAGCGUCAAGAAUUCUGGCAAAGAGUCCAGCAGAUGGCGAUUCAGAACCCGCAGUUUGACGCCCUGGCGCCAGAGCUCGACAUGCAAGCCCAGUUGCUGACCACCGAGCCUGGAACACCGUUGCACGACCUCCUCGCCGCCAAGCUCCAGGCUCGUUUUCUGGGGCGCACAGCCGCCUCCGACUCCCCCUCUUAACGAAGACAGACUCUGUGUUAAGUUCGAAAGUCACGA